AACUUGGCCGUCCCUAGUUUUUCCUACAUAAUUAAAUUAAGGAGUAGUAUAGUAGGAGAGGGAGAAAUGAAUAUGAGAAAUCGGAGCUUGAAUCUCGGCUGGCCUCUUAUUCAUGCCCAUUGUUGUUCUUCAAUUUCCUGUCUUCGUUCCCAUUCUUUCUGUCAACUCUCUAUUAAGGCUUCUUGUAUUCCAUUAUGUUCUUUGGAGUAUUUGAUAGCAUUCCCAUUCAAUCUCGGAUUGACCCUUUCAGUCCCCUUUCUCUAUCUAUCUCCCACCACAAGAGUGGGGAUUAUUUAAACAUUUCUCUCUCCCGUUUGAGGAUUAAUAAUCACAAUUGUUUGUUCUCUUGAUAUUUUCGUCGAUGGAUCACACAUUUCAUCGACGAGGCCUUGUGUCAAAUGCUCCACCUCCUGGUUACUUUAUGCCAUUGGAAAAGCCAAGUGCAGACGAAGAAGAUAUUUAUACAAAAAAGAAAGCAAGGAUGAGGAGAUGGUUGUGUUGCGUAUCACAAGUGGAUGAAUCUUACCCUUGCCAUGAAACUGAGCUCCUUAAAAGUCCCACUAAGCAUUCUGAUGGACGUCAAAAAGGUUCAAAAGUUCCAAGUCCUGUCAAAGCUCAAGCGAAAAGGGCAAUUCCACCCAUUGAGGUGCCCGCUUAUCCUCUAGACGAGCUAAAGGAAAGAACUGACACUUUUGGAUCAAAAGCAUUAAUUGGCGAAGGGUCUUAUGGAAGAGUGUACUAUGCAAAUUCAAAUAACGGAAAAGCCGUGGCUGUGAAGAAAUUAGACGAGUCAUCCGUUCCUGGGCCAGAUGCCGAGUUCUUAACCCAGGUUUCUAUGGUUUCAAGGAUCAAACAUGAAAAUCUUGUUGAGCUGCUUGGUUACUGCGUGGAACGAAAUCACCGUGUGUUGGUAUAUGAAUUCGCAACCAUGGGAUCUUUACACGAUGUUUUGCACGGAAGGAAGGGGGUGGAAGGGUCACAGCCUGGCCCACCACUUGAUUGGAUUCAACGAGUAAGGAUUGCUGUUGAUGCCGCAAGGGGGCUUGAAUGGUUGCAUGAGAAGGUCCAACCGUCUAUAAUACAUAGGGAUAUCAGAUCGAGCAACAUCCUCCUCUUUGAUAACUUCAAGGCAAAGAUUGCAGAUUUUAACCUGUCUAAUCAACCUCCUGAUAUGGCUGCAAGGCUUCAUUCCACUAGAGUUCUCGGAACGUUUGGUUAUCAUGCGCCAGAAUAUGCAAUGACGGGACAUCUAACACAGAAGAGUGAUGUAUAUAGCUUUGGAGUUGUGCUGCUUGAACUUUUGACAGGAAGAAAACCUGUAGAUCAUACUAUGCCUCGUGGACAGCAAAGCCUUGUCACAUGGGCCACCCCAAGAUUGAGUGAAGAUAAAGUGCAUCAGUGUGUAGAUCCGAGGCUCAAAGGAGAAUACCCUCCCAAAGCUGUAGCCAAGAUGGCGGCAGUUGCAGCAUUGUGUGUACAAUACGAAGCAGAAUUUCGUCCCAAUAUGAGCAUUGUUGUGAAGGCUCUCCAGCCGCUAUUGAGGUCCCAGGUUCCUCCUCCAGGAAUGCAAUUCAUGUCAUAAACGAAUUGCCAGAAACGCAUGUAUCUCUCUGGUGUUAUCAUUAUAUCCAAGGACAACAAAAUUUAUUUAAAUGUUUCUCUGCCGGACUGGGCUCACGAUUCCAGUCUUUCAUUCAUGAACCCUGAUAUUGACCUGUGGCAAUUCUUUUCCAUUUUCGGUGCUCAUAAUUUUUCUCCAAUUAC